GUAAUAUUUAUUUAUUCGGUUUAUAUUCUAUGUUUAUAUGCCUGUCCUUCCACCAAUACGUGUUUGGAACUAUAAGUGUUGUAGUUGCGAAGUUAUAAGUGCCAAUUUGUUUUUGCGGGUAUGUUCUAGAAACUUAACGAUAGCGGUGAGUAUCGCCAUCAGCCUCAAUUUCACAGUUGCACAAUUGUACAAUUGCACUAUAACUUUCAAUUAAUUCAGCCUGUAUAUUAUAGUAACAAAUGUUCCGAUCGAUCAUCGCUGCCAGAUCGAAAAUCAACUGGACGCCUGUAGUGGCACGUAGUGUUCCACGAACUCAAUUCCCCAGACUUACUAUUAGGCAAUAUGCCACUUAUAAACGAUUCGAUAAUCGACCACCUAACUCAGUGAAUUACUGGUCAAUAUUAACCAGUCGAAAGACAAUAUAUUUUCUUGGAGGUUGUGCUGCAUUCUAUGUAUAUAAUCUUAAUGAAGCUCCCUUUACUCAUCGAUAUAGAUUCAUAUGGAUUCCAUAUUGGUUAGAAACUAAGAUUGGUGACUAUUCAUACCAACAGAUUAUGUUUCAAUAUGGAAAUGCUAUUGUACCUCAUACAAAUCCCUUAUAUGGUAAGAUAAGUGGUAUAAUGAAUAAACUAUUAACAGUUGCCAUCAACAAUAAUGAUGAUCCAAAACAACGAGAACAUUUGAAAAGUUUGGACUGGUCAAUAAAUAUCAUUCAAGUAGAUCCUAAGACUUAUCCUCCAAAUGCCUUUAUUUUACCUAAUGGUAAAAUCUUCAUUUUUAGUUCUAUUCUUCCAAUAUGUUAUAAUGAUGAUGGGUUGGCUACCGUAUUAUCUCAUGAACUCUCUCAUCAGCUAGCUCAUCAUUCAUCAGAGCAAUUAUCAAAACAACCAAUAUAUAUUAUGCUUUCAACUAUUCUUUAUACAAUUACGGGGAUUUCAUGGUUUAAUGACCUUUUAAUUAGAGGAUUCUUAGAAAUGCCUGCAUCAAGAGAGAUGGAAUCUGAAGCAGAUCGAAUUGGAAUUGAACUCAUGGCUAGACUGUGUUUCAAUAUCAAAGAAUCUGUUAAAUUCUGGCAAAGAAUGAAUGAAGCAGAACAACAAAUGGCUGGACAAUUUAGAGGAGUAGCGUUACAGGAAUUCUUUUCAACCCAUCCUGCUACUUCAAAGAGAAUUCAUGAUAUUAAUCAAUGGUUACCUGAUUUAGAGCACAUAAAGGAAGCUAGUGGAUGUUACGAAUAUCAAUUUGGAAGGUUUUCUGAAUUCAAUCAGAAUUUCUUUAAGAAAUUAAUUAAUUAAUUGA